GUUCGUUCGUCUUUAAGUCCACACACAGAAAGAUCGGCUAACACUGACACUUAGAAUUUUUUUUUAUUUGACGAUUCCAGUUAACCUGAUAUAUCUGCUACUGCCGUACUCCAGUGCCCGCCUGUCAGAAUGUCAAAUCUGAACACAAGUGAUUCGCAGAAGCCACUGUUUGCCCAGCGAGAUGAUUCCGUCCUUAGUAUUCAGGUGGAAGAUGAAGAAGCCACCACAGAUAUGUGUUUUCUUCCGGAAAAAGCCGAGCCAGAUGGUUGCAUGGACAACAAAGAAGUUCCAUCAGUGACAAUGUGUAUUGAUGACAGUAUAAUUAGUGGAUCGAGUGACAGCUCUGAUUCCGGGAACAGCAGCCUGCUAUCCAGUCUAGGCAUGAUGCAUGCGAAAAUGGAAGGUUUUGUCGGAGACAACAAGAAGAAACUAAAACUGAUUAUCUUCACCUGUCUAGGCCUUGGUUACCUUGGAUACUUCAUUGCAGCCCUGAUUUUAGGAGUCGUGUACAAAUGUGUGGACACCGUGCCUCUGAUUGCCGUCACUUGUGUAGUGUUUUCCCUCAUCGUCAUCAGCUUUGUUAAAGACAAAUUUGGAAAGGAUAUAUUUGACCACUGCCUAAAGCCAGUCUUGGAGGCAUUACACAAAAAGUGGUAUAUUUUGAAAUGGGUUGGGUUUGCUCUCAUCUACGGUGGUGUGGUCGCUGUUAUCAUCACUUCGGUGUGGUCGUCUCCCAGAAACCUCAUCUCGCUGGUCGGCAUGGCGAUGUUCAUCUUGAUUCUCUUCAUCUGCUCAGUUAGUCCACUCAAGGUCAACUGGCGUCCAGUAGUUGGAGGUCUCACCCUACAGUUUUAUUUUGCUGUGCUCAUUCUGAAGUGGGACGUAGGCUACAAGGUGUUUCGCUUUCUCGGUCAUGAGGUCCAGACUUUCCUCUCAUACACCGACUACGGCUCAGAGUUUGUGUUUGGGAAGAAAUACAUCGAUCAUAUCUUUGCAAUGAAGGUCCUGCCAGUUGUGGUUUUCUUCAGCUGUUUCAUAUCGGUGUUGUACUACAUUGGUGCCAUGCAGGCCAUCAUUGGUAAGAUCGCCUGGCUGAUGAGGGUCACUCUCGGAACAACAGUCGCGGAGUCGCUCUGUGCUGCUGGAAACAUCUUUGUUGGACAGACUGAGGCGCCUAUUCUGAUUCGUCCGUUUCUGAAUGUGAUGACAAAGUCUGAGCUGCACGCGGUGAUGGUCGGGGGGUUUGCGACGAUUGCGGGGGGAGUCCUGGCGGCCUACGUGUCAUUUGGAGUUCCCCCAGAGCACCUGCUGUGUGCGUCUGUGCUGAAUGCCCCGUGUGCUCUGGCUGUCUCCAAGCUGCUUUAUCCAGAAACCGAGAAAAGCCACAUCACUAAAGCCAAACACAUCGACACCGACAGCGACCACCGCAACCUGCUGGAGGCGGCCGCUGCAGGUGCAUCGUCAUCCAUCGUGCUGGUGGCGAACAUCGCCGCCAACCUCAUCGCAUUCCUCGCCCUGCUAGCCUUCGUCAACGCCACACUGUCCUGGUUCGGGGGGUUCAUCUGUCACCCGGAGCUGUCCUUCGAGUUGAUCUGUUCGUACGUGUUCAUGCCGAUAACCUACUUGAUGGGUGUGGAGUGGAAGGAUGCGGGAGUGGUGGGUGAGCUGGUUGGGAUCAAGACGUUUCUCAACGAGUUUGUGGCGUACAAGGAACUCGCUAAGUUCAUCACCAACCGUCAGGAGUGUCUGCAGGGAACAGUUUUAUCAAUCCGGUCAGAAAUCAUCGCCACGUAUGCCCUGUGUGGCUUCUCUAACCUGAGUUCUAUCGGUAUCCAACUGGGUGGUCUCGGGCCGAUGGCACCCAAGAGAUCUGGAGAUCUGGCUCAGAUCGUCAUCCGAGCUCUGUUUGGAGGAAUCAUUGCCUGUCUGAUGACGGCAUCAUUAGCUGGACUUCUUAUGAUAGAGCCCGUGUAUGACAGUCUGUGUGCGGGAAAUGUGACCGACAUCAACUCGACACUGAUCUACAACUCGAGCGACUUCGUCACCACGGAAACCGUGACGUCCUUCACUACUGGAUUGAUCAGCAACGUCACGGAGCUUGUGUUAAAUGCUACAACCGGAUCCUAGUACCGGCCUAGGCUUAGUAAUCUUGUGUGUUGUGUAAUUUCAAGUAUGUGUUCAGCGAUAUCCUAGUACUGGCCUAGGCUUAGUAAUCUUGUGUGUUGUGUAAUUUCAAGUAUGCGUCGAGUCGAAAGAAAGGAAGACGAAUGUUAUUCAUAUUAUAUAAGAAUUAAUGACAUCAUUUUCUGAACUUUAUCUCAGGAUAACAUUCAGGGUUUUUUAGCGAUAUCCAUCCAAUUGGAAUAGACUGAAUCAAAUAACAGCGGAAAGUUUGUUGUUAGAAAUGUUUGUCAUCCUGUCUUAGUUUUACCAGACAGACGUACAGUAUCUAUUGUGAAUCUUAAAAAUGUGUAGAGGUGGAUAAAUGUAAGGGGUUGGGUAGAUUGUCUUCUUUAGUGUAACAGGGUGGAUGGGUUUAUUAAAUACUGUAAACCAGGGGCCUAAUUCACUAAACUCCUGCAGUGCAAUGCUAAAAGACUUGCAAAGAAGAUGCUUUGUUGUUUAGCAGAGCCUAAGAGACCUUUGUGAAUUAAGCACCUGGAAGAAAGCAACGGAUGUUCACAAAAUGUAUGUCAUGAACAUGUGCUGUGGUGCCUAUCCACAAUAAAACCAUGUCACUUCAGUUUACUAUAUGUUAGCGCAGGUGUUAAAUAAACAGCAGUUACAAAUUAUAUGAAAUUUAUCUAUGCACGAUCUAAACAUUGUGUAAUAUCUCUGUAAACCACGACCAAUAAUUCCUUUUUCCUGUUCAGUUUUGGACACUGAUUGUAUGGGUUAAGUGAUACUGGCAUCAUUAAAUUGUCACCUGUUGAUUUGAAGAUGGAGAUGGAGUUGAAGUCAAGUGAACUUUCAGGUUGUUAAAGAUUUCUUUACAAGACUGAUCCCAAUGUUCCUCAAUGGCUGUUUGGAUUGCAGAAGUCUUCCUAACUUUCUUUCUCUUUUUUAUUUUCGACUCUUCCCAGAAGAUGGGCGGGAUGUAGCCCAGUGGUAAAGCGGUCGGUCGGUCUGGGAUCGAUCA